CUCAAGAACCUUCGUUGUUUCACGCCCUUAAGGGGCAGGAAGUUGAAGGUGAGACCCUGGAGGGUCAUGGGAUGCGCGAGACGGGUCGCCAACGCUCCAAAAAAACCUGCCAACGCCCAUCUCCAGAUGUUCUUCCUCGAUGUUCUGAGGUGAUCAAAUGAUAUCAGACGCAUCAGAUUAGGCCGGAUAGGCCAGAUAGGCCAGGGCACGAGUUUUCCUCCGCAGCCGUUCUCAAACCAAGGUCUUGCCAGCCGUUCGUUGCUGUUCGACCGGAGCCACGUGACACGAGAGCACGAACGAAAUGACUCGAGUCCAUCGAGAUUGGUGGAGCAAUCCUAAAGAGUUCAGGCAGCUGCAUUCAUGAGACGACCAUAGCUCGAUGAACCACUCGUUUUUGGGGCUGUGAUCCACCAGAAAAGAAGCAUUGCGGUAUUUGAGCUCCUGAAUUUACAGUUCUUGACAAGCCAAACUUCAAUUUGCAAUUCGAUUGCUUUCCACGCAGAUGGCUUAAUGGACUUCUUGUGAAUAUCAACCAGAACCUUCAAAGUGACCUUUUGAGAUCCCAAUGAGGUCACUUACUUAGUCCCUGAAGAGGUCACUUACAGACUCCAAAGAUCACGUACUUCUUUUGGGACCGACUUGGAGGCUUGGCGGAGUCAGCACGAGGCGUGGCACCGCCGGGAUACUGAGGUGCAAUGGCGAUGAUGAGACGAGCAGAUACAGUCUUUGCCCUGGAUGCAUUUGAGGAAGCGGAGUCCAGUUCCUCUGAAGAGGGCAAUCCGAUGCAAACGGGCGAUCCGUUAAUCCAGCAACGGGUGGUCCAAAGGGGCAUGGGCGUCUUGAAGACAAAGCUGGAGCCGGAACUCUGGACACGCCGCUUCGCUUUUCGUGCCUAUCUCAUGAUCAUUAGUUUGGUAAACGUGCAGGUCAUGGCGCUGCGUGCGGACUUUGGAUGUCACACGAGGCAUUGCCCCGAUGGCUUCGUGUACACCUGGGAGGUCUUAGAGAACGUCAUCACGGUCUUCUUCGUGGUCGACUUGAUUAUGAGGAUCGCUGAGGCGCGGCCCAAGCGCUUCUUCAAGGGCGACGAGACCAAGGAUGAGUACCGCAUUGAUGUCAUGAAUAUCUUUGACUUCGUCAUCACCGUGAUGCGAUGUCUCGACUUGUGGUUCUUGUCCCCGCUGGGACGCACCGAUAGCGGCCUGAAGUUUGCCAGCGUCUUCAGGAUUGUGCACAUUAGUCUCUUCAUCAGCGAGAUUCAGCUCUGGAAAGGUUUCCGGGAGCUUUGGAUCGUGAUCUCCUUGCUACGGGAGACCUUGCUGACACUCUUUUGGGUUGGCUUCCUCAUCGCUGGCACCACCUGGGUGUGCUCCGUGCUGAUCACCAUCUCCAUUUUGACGGAUCCCUCACUGGACUUGGAUCUAUCCCGAGGUUCUUGGACCGUGGAUGACUACUGGGGAUCCGUAGGAAACACGGUCAUCACCAUGUUCCAGGUUCUCCUGCGGGACCAAUGGGCUGACGCCAUUGUGUGGCCGCUGGUUCAGAAGGAUCCCAUCUCCGUUCUGAUUUUUAUCUUUUUCUACUGCAUUGUGGUCUUGGCGUUGAUGAACAACGUCACUGGCGUGGUUGUGGAGUGUGCGAUGGAAGCGUCCACUGUGUGUGGCGAGCUCUACCAAAAGGAGCAGGACAAGCAGGCAGAGUCCAUCAUGGCUUCCUUGAGGCAGAUCUUCCGCGCCGCCGACGCUGACGACUCGGGGGACUUGGACCGUGAAGAGUUGCGGAUCGCCCUGCGCACGCUGAGGGUUAGAGACCGAUUGAAGGUCUUGCAGAUCCCUAUCCGGGAUCUUGAAAUGCUCUUCAUGCUGCUCGACGAGGACAACAAAGGUGUCAUCAAAUGCGACUACUUCUUCCGCGGGGUGGCGAAGUUGCGAGGCUUAGCCAAGGCGAAGGACCUGCACCAGUUGUCCAUUGACCUCAACCGGCGCAUGCUUUGGGUGGACGAGUAUGAAGCCAAGGUCUCAGAAGUCAAUGACGUUCUGGUGGACAUGGUGGACGCGAUGGAUGAGCUUGAUACUCACAUUGUCAAAGGAGAUAAUGAUGAGCGCGAUCCAGUCGUCGCUGCCAGGCGUGGGCGACCUCCAGUGUCCAAAGGACGAAUCCUACGAGGAGUCUGGAAAGAUGGCCGUCCCAUGCAACAGGGUUCCAAGAACCCAUGGUUCGACUUUGAGGAGUUGCAGAAAGAUGCCAAGGAUCAGAAGAAGAAGCUGGCUGCGAAACGCCGCUCUGAGGCCGAAGCACGGAAAGGUGCCGACAACAAACCGAAGAAGAAGAGAAGGGAUAGCGAUCAGCCGUCACCUCCGCCCCUACCAGCUCAUCUGCAAAUCCUAAAGGAAGAACGAGACAGGAGAAGGGUGGAGCGCAACAACCUGAAGCAGAAGAAAAAGGCUUUCACCACCUCAACCUCUGGCUUUUGAAGGGGUCAUGAAACCCCUUCUGCUCCAAAGUUUGACCCUUGGAGCCCUAAGUUCGAAGGCUGGUGAAGAAUUCAAGGGGCGCCACCGAGUCCAAAACAUAGCUUUCUCAUGUCUCACCCGGGUGCUGCUGCCGGAGCGGCACAGCGCCCUCGAAGUUGUCGAGUCGCUUGGGGCGCUGGAUGAUGAAGCACAAGAGUU